AAUCAUCCGUGAUAUCUCGCGCCACACGCGUUCAAAUACUUCAUGAGCGGGCGAUGACGUAGCACAAUGCGCGGUCUUGGUGCAUUGUGGGAUAGUGGCGACGAGUUCUGAGGCGGUGAAUGGUGACUACGGAACCGCUGAAAUGGAUGUGUUCUUAAUGAUCAGGCAUCGCAAAACCACAAUCUUCACAGACGCCAAAGAAUCCACAACUGUCUAUGAGUUAAAAUGCAUUGUGGAGGGCAUUCUGAAGCGGUCCGCUGAGGAACAGAGACUGUACAAGGAUGAGCAGCCUCUAGAAGACAGUAAGACACUAGGAGACUGCGGCUUCACAAAUCAGACAGCCAGACCACAGGCUCCUGCGACUGUAGGACUGGCCUUUCGUAUCAGUGAUGAUGCAUUUGAGCCCCUGCAGGUGGAACCAUUUUCCAGCCCUCCUGAACUUCCUGAUGUUAUGAAACCACAGGACUGUGGCAGUACAGCCAAUGAACAGUCAGUGCAAUGAGCUGCACAUUAAUGACUAGAGUAUCAGGAGUGUACUGAAGCGGAGCAAAGUGGGGACUGAUACCUGACGUAAAGAUGCUGCAGAUGAACAUUUGAAGUCUGGCUGCCACUAACCAUUGAACUAAGCCAGUAAUAAAUGUCCAGAGAAACACUAACAAAUAAGUUUGUUAUUUAUAUU